AUGGCAUCGCCGGAGGAAGUGAUGAAAAAAUUAGAAGAGUUCAUGAUUCAACAAACCCAAAGCACGAGCGAUUUGAAGGGGGCGAUUGCUGCCUUGCAAGCUAAGCAGUCGGCGUUGGAGGAAAGCAUUGUGUCGCAAUCUCGUAACAAAAAACAGGUAUCAGAAGCUGAUGGGGACGAGGGAACUGAUGGGGAUAACCGGUUUGAGGAUUUCCAUGAGCUACUCCUGGGAGAGGGAAGAGGAUCAUGCAAGGUGGAACACAAACUAGCAAGGGAUGGGGCAGGGGUUUUCUACAGUAGUGGGACGAGGAAGAGGGAAUUUUUGCUCCAACCCUUUUGCUCAAAACUCUAA